AUGAAGUUCACUGCUGUCGCUUUCACCGGGCUGGUCGGCUGCGCCGCCGCUCUUCCUCACUUCGGUUUCUUCCCUGAGCCUUCUGGCCCUGCUCCUACUGGCCCUGUCCCUACUGGCACUCCGACUGGUUCGCUGCCUCCUCCUCCCACCGGCACUGGCAGCCUUCCUCCCCCUCCUCCCAGCGGUACCCCCGAUGCCGCUCCUCAGGAGCCGGAGCAGGGCUCUGACUUCCAGAAGCGUCAAUUCGACGGCGCCGAACCCACCGGCACCUUCUUGACUGCUCCCUCCGGUGCCCCUACUGGCGGACCUCCCGGUCACCACGGCCACCACGGCCACGGCGGUUUCCCCUCGGGAUUCCCUGACCCAUCCGGCUUCCCCUUCCCGUCUGGCUCUGGCUUCCCCGAGCCUUCUGGUUUCCCCGAACCUUCCGGAUUCCCUGAGCCCUCUGGCCCUCCUCCUCAGGAUGGCCCCGAGCCCUCUGGACAGCCCGGCCCUGAGCCUUCCGGACAGCCUGGUCCUGAGCCUUCUGGCCAGCCCCAGCCCUCCGGUUUCCCCGGUGCCGGCGAAGAUGCUCCCACCGCUACCGGCCAGGUGAAGCGUCAGUUCGGCGGCGACGCCACCGGAUUCCCUGAGGCCUCUGGCUUCCCCCAGCCUUCCGGUUUCCCCGAGCCCUCCGGUUUCCCCAUUCCUUCUGGCGGUCCCCAGCCCGGCGGCCCCGAGCCCUCCGGUCAGCCCCAGCCUUCUGGUCAGCCCCAGCCCUCCGGCUUCCCCGGCUCCGAGCACGGCGAGGCUCCCGCUCCCACCGGCACCUUCGAGAAGCGUCAGUUCGGUGACUUCAACGGUGCCCCCGAGGCUUCCGGCUUCCCUGAGCCCUCCGCCGGUCCUGAGCAGGGCGGCCCCGAACCCUCCGGCCAGCCUCAGCCCUCCGGAUUCCCCGAGCCCUCUGGCUUCCCUGCUCCUUCCGGCUUCCCUCAGCCCUCCGGCGGCGCUGAGCCCUCUGGCUUCCCUGGCGCUGGCUUCCCCGGUGCCGGCUCCGGCGAGGAGGCUCCCUCUCCUUCCCAGACUGCCGCUCCUUUCAACUAG